AUGUGGGCACCCCACGACGGUGACGUGAUUCCCCUAGCGCCUCAAGGUCUACCCUCGCUGCCGGAGGCAUUGCUCUGCGUUUCAGACCUGAGUGACUCAGACGCAGUCGACGCUGCGAUAUGCACGGCUCUAGAGAGACUGGACAGCGCCUAUCAGAACAGAGCUGUGGAGUGCUUUCUAUGCGGCAGUUCCGCCCACACUGCGAGUGCCAGAAACAGCUGCGCAAAAAGCAGCGGCCAGCUCCCGCGAGAAGUCUAUGUGCGUCGCCUUUUGCUGGCGUUUGCGAGAGACGUGGAGGGCUCGUGGCUAGAGCAGCUGGAAUGGUUCCUGCUGCACUGUGCAGCCUGCUGUUGCAGCUACCUCUCCGCGCAAGAAGAGCUGCUGCGCUCCUUCUGCUGCCACAGCAGAGAUCAGGAGGCUGCGGUUUUCCUCUACAGGGAGUGGAUAGCGUACGAUCUCUCGCGGCUUAUGCGAUCGCUUCACGCCCUACGGGAGUCGCUCCCAGCAGCAGCAGACGCGCGACAAGAGGCAACGCAGAACCUGCAGCAGAAAUCCGAGAGUCGCAACAGGAUCUACAGCAACAGGACCUACAGCAACAGCAGAUGCAGCAACACGAUUCUUGAGACAACCGUGGCGCAGCUGCUGCUGGGUGCUGGCCGCCUUCUAACGGCUCGGACAGAAACCUCGGCGAACGUCUUGCUGUGCUUCCUUGGGGAACGUCUGCCGCUGUCUCAGCUGCUACAGCAGCUGCUGCUUCCACAUCCAGACGAGCUUCAAGCGAGACUCACGCCUGCCGAGCAGGCACUCGCCAAGAGGCACCCUCGGCCCCCCUCUUGGCCUCCAGACGGUGGAUCCAAGGAGACUUUGUUGUUGCUUUCACACCAGACUAGGGGGCUGUAUCGGCUGCUGGAGGAACUGCAGCAGUUGAUGGGGCAGCAGCAGUUGAUGCGGCAGCAGCAGUUGAUGGGGCAGCAGCAGUUGAUGCGGCAGCAGCAGUUGAUGGGGCAGCAGCAGUUGAUGCAGCAGCAGCAGCAGCAGCGCGAGGUGCUUCAGCAGCUCCUGCAGCAGCAGCACCCAUGGGGAGACAUGCAAUUGUCGCCGUUGUGUCUGCUGCUGCCCCUCUUGCCAGAUCCCGUGCAGUGUAUGAUGGCCGCUGCAGCACUUACCGAGCAGAAAUCGGAUCUGCUGCUACCACAGCUGCUCUCCCUCCAGUCGCACUGUCUGCUAGCGCUUCGUGCAGUGUGCUGUGGCGCCCUCCAUUCGAUUGCUUUGACGCAGCAGCACCUGGUGCUGCAGCAGCUGCGUCCGACAGCUGCUGCUGGUGCGAGAGCUGCUGGCUGUAAGGACAGCACAGAGGGGGUCGAGGCGACACCACAAGGCCCCACAAAGCUGCUGCAGAUCGUAGAAUUCUGGCUGAAAGCGCUCGCAUCGUCCUGCUACAGCCUCGUGUGCAGCAGCGGCAGCAGUAGCUGCUGUGUGGAGCCGUCUCUACAGCCGCAGGAGGGAGAAGGAGGAGACGGGGGAGGCCGUCUAAUGGUGAACGCUUCGCAAGAGAAUCUAGCCGUUUUUUCCCAGCUUCUCAAAGCCCUGCAUGCCCUGUACAUUGUUUUGCUGCCUCGGGUGCCUCCAGCAGUUUGCGCAGUGCUGCGGCAGCAGGAGACACCCGACGUGCUGAGGCCGCAGCUCUCGACUCGCCGAGGGGAGCAGAAAGCAGCGGCAGACGCAGGAGGGACUGCAGCAAGGCGUAGACCAGGAGAAUCGCGAAGCAGCGAUGGCUGCAACGGCGUCAACGCCGAGGUCGACGUGUCUGAGGUGUAUAAGCUCCUGCUGAGCGUGCCUGGAAAUGCGGAGGUGCUGCCGCUUUUGGGAGCCGAAGCCACCCGUCCCCUAUCUCUAUCCCUGCUGCAGUGCCUUGCGACUCCUGUGGGAGCUGCCCUGUUGCUUUUGAAGCAGAGGCUUAGACACAGCAGUGAGGCUGCGAGCAGCGAUGGCCUCUGUGAAGGCGACGUGCAAGGCAUGCCCUUGCGGGGGGGCGCAGACGCAGCAAGAGCAGCGGCGUCACCGCUGCAGCAGCUUCAGUGUUCUGAGGAGCAGCGAAAACAGACACGGGAGCAGCAGCAAGAGCAGCAAGCGGAGAACCAACAGGCGCAGCAGAUUGUAGUCGACGACGACUACGUAAUGUGGCUGGAUAAGGACCCUGGGGUCUAUGAGGCGGCGCCUCUCCCGGAGGAGGCGCUGCCGAACGCACGGCCUUGGCGCGUUCUUCCGACUGGAGGAGGCGCCGGAGAAACAGCGGCAGCACCCUCAAGGAGCGACGCUUCGCAGCAGCAGGAGCAGCAAGUGACGCCACAAUCGGAACAGCAGGAGGGGCCAGAAGCGUUUAUCGAUUUUGCGUGUUGCUGCAAUGAGGCGUUGGCGCUCGUGCAGAAGGUGUUGUCUUGCCCUCCCGUAAGAGCCGUAUGCCGCUGCAGCCGUACCAGAGGGCGCAGCGCCAGCGGCAGUAGAAGCGGCUACGAUAUGAGCGAUGCACGCAGAGAGACGACUGCUCCUGAGAGUCGGAGGCCUUGCCCUUCGCCCAGUGUUGCCGGAUCUGCACCUGUUGGUGCUGCGUCUCCCGAAGCGGCGGCUUCUACUGAGACUGCUGCUGACGGAACGGCUGCCUCCAGUGCCGAGGUGUGCUGCGGCAGCUGCUCCGCGAGGGCCCUCCGAGCCGAAUGGCGAAAGGCGUUGAAGCGCUGGCAGCGGCUUGGGGAGGCUCUUGCUGCGGUGCUGCGCCGAUUUGUUGGCGCAGCGGGAGCAGCAGCCACGAAGGGCCGUCCAUACGACUUUUUUUUCGAUGGCCUCAACAGCGGCACCCCUGGAAGUAGCAGAAACAGCUUCUGCGCUGAGCCCGAGCAGCAGGCACCUCGGCUUCACGCGUGUCUCUCAGCUCAGCUACAGCUCGCCGAGGCGACGGCGGCAGCCGCUGUUGCUGCAGAUGCGGCAGAAGGAGUCGUGGAAGACUCUGAAGAAACGCGCGAGAUCGACUGCAAGACAGACUUAGGGGCAUCCAGGGUCGCUUCAGGGCGUUCCCAGGAAGUGGAAGGCAAAGAAAUGGUGGUAGAGGUGCAAUACCUUGAUUCAGACGAGAGCUGCACGCUUUUAACGGCGCCGAGAGACCCCCUCCCUGGCGGUAAGAAGGGGGCAUGUCCAGCGACGGCAGUAGAGGCCGUGGGUUCGCCGGCACGACAGAGUGGUAGCCAGGAGGCGUGGCACGUCACGUUGGAGGACGUGGAUGGAGUCGCGGAUUUCCUCUCUCUCUUCGACGAAGAAGAGAUUGAACAGCAGAUGCAACAGGCCGACGCUGUGCGUACAGCAGAAACAGCAGCCGCAACUCAGAGCCAGUGGAUAGAGGAGGAGCUGCGGCAGCAGCAGCAACAGCAACAGCUGCAGCAACAGCUGCAGCGGCAGGAGGUGAGGGCAGACCAUGACGUAUCCGGUACAACAGACGAAGACUUUGGGGAUGCUGCUGCUGCCGCUGACGCGGUUCUGUGGAGCAGUGGCAGUGGCGACGAAGAGGCUGCAGGGCAAGCAACGAGCGCAGCGGCGGAGCCCGGAGUGGGCAGCACGCGCAGAGCCUCUGUGGUGUUGCUGUCAAGCGACAGUGAUUCUUCAGGGGAAGGGAGCGUCGUUCCGGUGAACGUGUCACAACAGCGCCUCGAGAAGAAGCGGGUUGGCACCAAAAAUCUGUUCAAGUCCGUUCUAAGGAGGCAGAAACACUUGACGGGCGGGGAGGGCGUCUGCAGCGCCACAACAGCCCUAUCCGAGCGCAGCAAACAGCUCCUGGAUAUUCGCAGGGAAGCUUACAGGGAGGCAGCAGCGGCAACUGCGGCUGCUGCCGCCGUUCGUUCGCCAGAAGGAGGAGGAGAUGCGGCUCUUUCCGUUGCUGCUACCAAGCCCAAGCGUCGGCGUCUGACUGAAGAGGGCGCAGAAAAAGCAGCAGAACGAGCAGUCGCGGAAAAGCAGCGCAGCAGUGCGCGAUUCCAACAGCGGGCAAGCGCAGCCGUGGCUGCUAUUGGGCUUCCAGCCGAGGAUCGCCGUCCAGCUGUCCGUCUGCUCUCCCCGUCUUGUGCUGGAACUGUUGGCGCUUCUAGAGACGGUGGCAGGAGAGCCUCGGAGCAAGAGCAACAAAUUCGACAGGUGCAGGAGACUCUGCAGAGAGACCGACGAACGUGGCGGCAGCAACAGAGACAGGCGCAUGAGACGGCUCGUGUGGCUCUGUUGCGAUUUCUCUGGAGCCUGCUGGAGACGGAUAUCUUCUCUCUUGCAUCCUCUCCCCAGGAAAUGUCGCUGGCGGAGGCUUCAGCAGCCGCCGCAGCGAGAGACAGCAGCAAGCGCUUGCAGCCACAAGUUGCCGCGCUUGCUGCCGUCUCGAAAGCACAUCCCUUGCCCCUCCGCUUCGACGCACUGCAGCGGCUGCAGCACCUGCGACAGAACAGACUCAGGGGUCAGCGGUGUGUUUUGAACCGUUUGAGGAACGCUGGAUCGCAGUGGACUGCCGCAACUUUCUCUGUGGGGACUGCUGCAAUGGCUGCCUCUGCCACUGCUGCUGCUGGGGGCAGAUAUGCGGAUGUCUACGCGGCAGCCCGUGCUGCCGCUAUGGGAGCCUCAAGCGCAGCCACAGACACCCCCGUUUUGAGGCCUGGCGAUCUGCUUCUGCUGAUUCCCGAGACACCGUUUUUCAACAAUGGAGAGGUCGUACCAACGCCAGCAUCCCCCAUUUCAACGGCAGCAUCUGCCGCACAACAGAAGGAGACAGAAGAAGCGAGUAGUUGGUGCGGCAGAGUCAUUAAUAAGCGGACAAUCAGACCUCGAAACGGAUACACGAUUGGCGUUGUAGAGGCCUGGAGUACCCCUGAGCAGCGGCAGGAGGGGCUGACAGUGCGGCUACUGCUGGGUGCCUCCGUGUCCAUCGCGGUGGAGCCGCAGCGAAUAAACUCGCUGCGUUUAGAGCUCAAUAGCAGCUGGUGGCUCUUCGUGCUGCAGAGCCUGACGCCGGUGCUUCGGGAUGUUAUGGGGCUUUUCCAGUGCGCCGCAUGCCCUUUUGUGGACUGUAUUUUAAGCCCCUUUCGGGUGACGACACAGCAGCAACCGCAUUCACGGCAGCAGAGGCAGGGCAGCAGCGCAAAUCUGCAGCUUCUGAAGUGCACUGCAGACGCUGCGGCACCCGUUCCAGGUGCCGCCGAUUUGCUUCUGCAGCUGCGCCUACAGCAGCAUCAUAUGCAGCGAGUUGCCACAAAUUACCGACUCAACAAGUCGCAGUAUCGGCAGUUUGCUGCCGCGCCGCGCAGCACGCGAGACAGUAAAGCGUCAGGAGCAGCAGCAGCGGGAGCGGUAGCCACAGCAGAAGGCAGCAAGAAACUCCUCGUGUGCGCUCCCUCUAAUGCAGCAGUGGAUGAAAUAGCUGAGCGCAUCCUGAGAGACGGGCUGCUAGAUGCGUCAACCGGAGACAUCGUGCAACCUGCCUGCCUGCGCAUCGGCCACCUCGAGCGAAUACGCCCCUCUGUGCGGUGCAUUGGCUAUGAUGCCGCUUUCACCUCUUUGCUGCAGCAGAAGGAGGCGGCACUUCGGUCGAAAUUUGCGUCGGAGAUAGAGUUGCUGCAAAAGCGGCGGCAGCAGCUGCAGCAGGAGAUUGAUGAAAUGGAGCGGCAGCAGCACCAGCAGCAGAUCCUGUCUCAGCAUAAGCAGCAGCAGCAGCAGUUCCUGCAAGCCGCUGCACACAUGCUCAGGGAGGAGGGGCAGCCAGCAGAAGCUGCAGCCGUAGCGGCAGCGGGCAACAGCAGCGCAAGCAACCUCCUUGGCGGGGAUGCCUCCCCCUCGAACAGUAGCCUUGCAGCCUCGUCAGUUGUUUCUGAGAGAUCCCAACAGCCGGCGCACCAGAGCCCACAGACCAAAACGGAGGUAAUGCGCUUGCAGCUUCAGAAUCGACUGGCAGAGAAGAGACGUCUGGGGGACGUGCUGCACCGAAAGCGCAGAGGUCUACAACUCCGACUGGGGGUUCUCCCCCGCCUUGUAAGACGGCAUUUGGUGGCUUCCGCAGAUAUAAUCUUUUCGACGCUGUCGGGAUGUGGUUCAGAGAUCCUUGAUCCUUUGUGCGAAGAUGAGAGUGACGUCGAUUUUGCAGCAGCAGGUGCACCGGAGGGGGGGACCAACAUCAUUGAUCAGCGUCGGGGAAAGAAGCUUAUUAGCAGCCCUAGCAGCAGCAGCCUGAGCAGCGACCUUCAUUUUGCAUGUGUUAUUGUCGACGAAGCUGGGCAAGCCACGGAAGUUGCCAGCUUGAUUCCUCUGAGGCUACGCUGUGAUCGGCUUUUCCUCUUCGGCGAUCCCCUGCAGCUCCCUCCCCUCAUCUGCUCCUUUGCUGCGCAAGCCAAGGGCCUUGGAAGAAGCCUCAUGGCGAGACUCGCUCUUUGCUGUCAGCAGCAGGAACAAAAGGCUUGGGAAGAGGACGAGCAAGCGCAGACAACGCAGCUCCAGCGAGAAGUUGCCUUUUACUUCUUGGCAACGCAAUACCGAAUGCACCCGCUGAUUGUCGAGUUUCCGGGUCGAGUCUUCUAUGGAAGCCGCUUAGAGACCUCCGAAUCGGUGCUCCAAAGAGGCCCCCUACCCGCGCCACUAAGGGGGGCUCCGCUACGCUUCUUUCACAUGUGCUGUUCUCCACGCCGAGAGGACGAGUAUGCAACAGCAGCCACUGGAAGUUCGCGAUUCUCGUAUUGCAACAGGGGAGAGGCCCUAUUUGUAUCGCAGCUCGUGAUUCUGCUGCACAAAGUCUUCCAACAGCAACAGAAGGAGCAACACCUGUCUCUUGCAGACGUUGGAAUUAUAUCUCCAUAUAGGGCCCAGGCCGAACUUAUCCUGUUCUUCCUGAAAGAAGCUCCCGAGCUCCGGGGCGUCGCGCUUCCCGAAACAGACACUGUCGAUGCCUUUCAAGGGAGAGAGAAGGCGGUGAUCAUCGUCUCGUUUGUGCGAUCAGGAGCACCCCAAGCAGCGCCUCAGCAGCAGGAGGAUACACUUUGCGGUGCGUGGGGGACCACGGAGGGGGCACAGCAACAGUUGCCACUCGAUAUUUUCGCCCUUCAGAAGCCCCACACUGACGCUUCAGGUUCCUCCACAACACAAGCAGCAGGGGGUGGGACAGGGGCAUGUGUGACAGAAACACCUUCGGUCAAGAGGCGACAACUGGGGUUCGUAGCAGAUGAGCGGCGGUUGAAUGUCUCUCUUACGAGGGCUCAGAGAGCUUUGUGGCUUGUUGGGGAUGCACUGUUGCUGGAGAGCAACCCUUUGUUGAGACGCCUUGUAUCUUUCGUGAAGUCCGUGCCAGGGGCCUGCAUAGACGUUGUGCAGCAGCAAUCAACGCGGCAGCCUCAGCAGCACCAGCAGGAACCGCAGCAGCAAGUGGAGUGGACACGAAAGGCUGUGACAAAGGAGGAUAUCGACGCAUUCUUUGCAGCCACGUUGCGACAGACCAUUAAGGCCAACAUGCAGCAGCGGCUUCAGCAGCAGCGGGAGCUAAAACAUCUCGAGCGGCCACUGCCUGCGUCACCUGCUGCUGGUAGUGUUGGCUCUGCUGGCGUCAGCACCCUCUCUCGAGUCAGAGACUUGCCCCAUCACAAGAGGGCCCGAGAAACUCCAGAGGCGACAGCUGCGCCAGCCACGGAGCGCACAGAUGCCAGCAGUGACACCUACAGCAAGCAGUGCACCGGCACUAGAAGCACAGGAAAAAGCAAAGCCGUCGAAGACAGCUACAACGAGCGAGGGACUGCACCGCCAACCAGUAGCAGCAGCAAACUAGGGGGUCCCAACAUGAUACGGCGCACCGGAGGAUGGACAACCCUCCGUAAAGGCUCUUGA